CCUGGGCGGCGGUAGCGUGGGGGCAGCCAGGCGUGAGCAGACCGCUGUCCCCACCGUCCCCUCGCAGCUUCCCGCGUUCUGCCCGCUGCCCCCUCACAGCUUCCCGCCCUGUCCCGCGCCAGCUCUGUUACAUCCACUUGAUCCAUUUGCUCCCCAUUGGAAAGCACAAACCCAGCAGGACAGAGAAGCGGCCUGUAGGCUCGCCUUCGUGGGCACCAACCGCCAUAUGUACGACUCUGCUCCUGAAUGUGAGAAAUCUGUGAUGAGACAGAGCUAGAUUCUGAUGAUCAUCUUGACACUGUUGCUCUCAUCUGGAUAUUGACAGGAUAAAAAACUUGAACAUGCCUCGUAGCCCAACAUCAAGUGAAGAUGAAAUGGCACAAAGCUUUUCAGACUAUUCUGUUGAAUCUGAAUCGGACAGCUCCAAAGAAGAAACUAUUUAUGACACAAUUAGAGCAACUGCAGAAAAGCCAAGCAGCAGAAUGGAAGACAGUCAGAGUAACACAUUAGUGAUUCGAAUUAUAAUACCUGAUCUGCAGCAAACGAAAUGCAUUAGAUUUAACCCAGAAGCUUCAGUGUGGGUUGCAAAGCAACGAAUUUUGUGCACUUUGAAUCAGAGUUUGAAAGAUGUCCUGAAUUAUGGACUGUUUCAGCCUGCAAGCAAUGGUAGAGAUGGGAAGUUUUUGGAUGAGGAACGACUUCUUAGGGAAUACCCACAGCCAGUGAAUAAAGGAGUUCCUUCACUUGAGUUUCGAUACAAGAAAAGAGUGUACAAACAAUUCAAUCUUGAUGAAAAACAGCUGGCCAAGCUUCAUACGAAGGCUAAUUUGAGAAAAUUUAUGGAUCACGUCCACCAUCUCUCAGUGGAAAAAAUCACAAAGAUGUUGGACAGAGGACUGGACCCAAACUAUCAUGACUUAGACAGUGGAGAAACACCCCUAACUUUGGCAGUUCAGCUUGACAAUACAGUAGAAGUGAUAAAAGCUCUGAAAAAUGGAGGAGCACAUUUAGACUUCAGAGCCAAAGAUGGAAUGACAGCUCUGCACAAAGCAGCCAGAGCCAAGAACCAAGUAACCCUCAAGACCCUUUUAGAGCUUGGAGCAUCUCCUAACUACAAAGACAGCUGUGGCCUAACACCGCUGUACCACACUGCUAUUGUCGGAGGGGAUCCUUACUGCUGUGAACUGUUACUUCAUGAACAUGCUACAGUCAGUUGCAAAGAUGAAAAUGGAUGGCAAGAAAUUCAUCAGGCUUGCCGAUAUGGGCAUGUCCAACAUCUAGAGCACCUCCUCUUCUACGGCGCCGAUAUGUGUGCACAGAAUGCCUCAGGAAACACAGCGCUGCACAUCUGUGCCCUGUACAACCAGGAGAGCUGUGCAAGAGUGCUGCUGUUCCGGGGAGCCAACAAGGAGAUAAAGAAUUACAACAGCCAGUCUCCAUUUCAGGUGGCUAUAAUAGCGGGAAAUUUUGAGCUUGCUGAAUAUAUCAAGAAUCACAGGGAAGCUGAUAUUGGAUCCUGCUUCCCAUAUCCAAGUAGAAGUCCCUGGAAUCUGUUGCUGGCAGUGCCCUUUAGAGAGGCUCCCACCUAUUCAAACAGAAGGCGGAGACCCCCAAGCACCUUAGCAGCACCUCGGAUCUUGCUUCGUUCCAACAGCGACAACAAUCUGAACAUCAACAACCUCCCUGAGUGGUCAGCCUCCUCUUCUGCUUCUUCACACCGCAGCCUUUCACCUCAUCUACUUCAACAGAUGCAGAAUAAUCCUAAUGGAACUGUAAAAACUGUGGGGAGUUACACGCCAUCCUCUCGGAGCCGGUCACCGUCCCUGAACAGGCUGGGAGAGGAUGCCAAACGGCAGCAGCACAGGCACAUCAGUGCCAUUUACAAUCCUAGUGCCAACAAGGAUACUCUGUCUGCCUUGGAUUAUCAGGGUCCAAAACGCAAGCUUUACAGUGCUGUACCUGGAAGACUUUUUAUUGUCGUAAAGCCAUAUCAACCUCAAGGGGAAGGGGAAAUUCAUCUGCACAAAGGAGAUAGAGUCAAAGUUUUAAGCAUUGGUGAAGGUGGAUUCUGGGAAGGCAGCACCCGGGGACAUAUUGGAUGGUUUCCUGCAGAAUGUGUUGAAGAGGUUCAGUGCAAACCAAAUGAAAGCAAACCAGAAACUCGAACAGAUAGAACAAAGAAACUCUUCAGACACUACACAGUUGGAUCCUAUGACAGCUUUGAUGCUUCAAGUGACUGCAUAAUAGAAGAAAAGGCAGUGGUCCUGCAGAAAAAAGACAAUGAAGGAUUUGGAUUUGUGCUCAGAGGGGCAAAAGCUGACACACCAAUUGAAGAAUUCACCCCAACUCCAGCCUUUCCUGCUUUGCAGUACCUGGAAUCUGUGGAUGAAGGGGGAGUAGCAUGGCAAGCUGGCCUGAGAACUGGAGACUUUUUGAUCGAGGUUAAUAAUGAGAAUGUAGUGAAAGUUGGCCACAGGCAGGUGGUGAACAUGAUUCGACAAGGGGGCAAUCACCUAGUUCUUAAGGUUGUUACUGUAACCAGGAAUCUUGAUCCAGAUGACACAGCUAGGAAGAAAGCCCCACCACCUCCUAAGCGAGCUCCAACCACUGCACUGACCUUGCGGUCUAAGUCAAUGACCUCAGAGCUUGAAGAGCUUGAUAAGGUGGAUGAAAUAGUACCAGUUUCCAAGCCAUCAAGAAUUGCAGACAAUGCAACUGUGGACUCAAGAGUGGCAACUAUUAAACAGCGGCCUUCUAGUAGAUGUUUUCCCUCAGCUACAGAUAUGAAUUCCAUGUAUGAGAGACAGGGUAUUGCUGUGAUGACGCCCACUGUACCAGGGAGUCCUCAAGGUCCUUUUCUGGGUAUACCUCGGGGUACAAUGAGAAGACAAAAAUCGAUAGGAAUAACAGAGGAAGAACGGCAGUUUUUGGCUCCUCCUAUGCUGAAGUUUACCAGAAGUCUUUCAAUGCCUGACACCUCUGAAGAUAUCCCACCGCCACCACAGUCCUUACCUCCUUCACCACCACCACCUUCUCCUUCUCUGUACAACUCGCCCAAAUCCCUGACAUCAAGGAGCUAUGGAACUAUUAAACCUCCAUUUAAUCAGAAUUCAGGUUCAAAAAUUUCUUUGGUUAGGCCUGAGAAUGUGGGAACAAUGAUAAGGGACAAAGGGAUCUAUUACAGACGGGAACUGGACCGAUACUCUCUGGACUCUGAAGACCUGUACAGUCGGAGUGCUGCAUCUCAGGCAAAUUUCAGGAACAAGAGGGGUCAGAUGCCAGAAAACCCAUAUUCUGAGGUUGGGAAGAUUGCAAGCAAAGCAGUUUAUGUGCCGGCCAAACCAGCGAGGCGGAAGGGGAUGCUGGUGAAACAAUCCAAUGUUGAAGACAGUCCAGAAAAGACCUGCUCUAUUCCAAUCCCGACGAUUAUUGUGAAAGAGCCAUCCACCAGCAGCAGUGGGAAAAGCAGCCAAGGCAGCAGCAUGGAAAUCGAUCCUCAGUCUUCAGAGCAACCUGGGCAACUCCGCCCCGACGAUAGUUUAGGUGUCAGCAGUCCAUUUGCAGCAGCCAUUGCUGGAGCAGUGAGGGACAGGGAAAAGAGGCUGGAAGCAAGGCGUAAUUCUCCAGCCUUCCUUUCCACAGACCUGGGAGACGAGGAUGUUGGACUAACACCACCAACACCACGUAUGAGGCAAUCAAAAUUUACCGAUGAAGCAAUGUUUAGUAGUGAAGAUGGUUUUAGACAGCUUAUGUCACCAUCUCCAAUUCCCGCACCUAGAGAGCCUGAAAAUCUUUUUAAUAGCAGUGAACCCAGCAAUCAAAGUGAUUCAAGGACAUUAAAUGCUUCGUCCAAAACGAAAGGUACUGAAAACAGUACGGUGGCAGCUAAGUCCACAAAUACAUCCAGCUCAGAUAAUUACGUUCACCCCGUCACAGGAAAGCUGUUAGAUCCAAACUCGCCACUAGCCCUCGCUCUCUCUGCCAGGGACAGAGCCAUGAAAGAACAAACACAGCAGAUUCCAGGCAAAGGAGACACUGUUAAAGCUGACCUUAAUAAACCACUUUACAUCGAUACAAAGCUGAGACCCAAUAUUGAAACGACUUUUCCUGUUACUGCUACUGUCACUAGGCAAAAUACUCGUGGCCCAUUGAGACGGCAGGAGACUGAGAACAAGUAUGAAACAGAUGCAGGGAAAGAGAAGAAAACAGAGGAGAAGAAGAACAUGUUGAUAAACAUUGUGGAUACUUCACAGCAAAAGUCAGCUGGCUUGUUAAUGGUUCAUACCGUGGACACAGCCAAGUCAGAUGAUACGCCCGAAGAUGAAGAGGAAAAGAGAGCAGAAAUGGAACCAAACUCUGAAAACUCCCCUCCAGAGAGGCCAGAGGGGAGUGAGGAAGCAGAAAGUGAGCUGAACGUGCCUGCUGCAUCUGAGCCACCGGCAUCUCCCUGCAAAACCAUUGUAGCAGCGAGCUCUGUCGACGACCCUGUCAUCUUGCCGUUCCGCAUCCCUCCGCCACCCUUAGCAUCAGUCGAUAUCGAUGAAGAGUUUAUUUUUACUGAGCCACUGCCACCCCCACUAGAGUUUGCCAACAGCUUUGAUAUCCCCGAUGACCGUGCAGCUCCCGGUUCAGCUCUAACAGACUUGAUUAAGCAAAGAAAAAAUGGCACGCCUUCACCUGCACCGUUUGCCCCCAGCCAGUCAACAGAUUCCUUAGACAGUAAAAAGCAAGUGGGUCUUUCAAACUGUUUGCCUGCCUCCUUUCUGCCACCCCCUGACAGCUUUGAUAACGUCACUGACUCUGGGAUUGAGGAGGUAGACAGUCGAAGUAGUAGUGACCAUCACUUAGAGACAACCAGCACUAUCUCAACGGUGUCCAGCAUCUCUACCUUAUCCUCGGAAGGGGGUGAGAACGUGGAUACUUGUACAGUCUAUGCAGAUGGGCAAACAUUUCUGGUGGACAAACCCCCAGUACCUCCUAAGCCAAAAAUGAAGCCCAUAAUCAACAAAAGCAAUGCACUUUACAAGGACGCGCUAAUUGAAGAAACUGUAGACAGCUUUGUUAUUCCUCCUCCCGCUCCACCCCCACCUCCGAUCAGUGCACAGCCCAAUAUGGCUAAAGUUGUUCCCCAAAGGACAUCUAAGCUAUGGGGUGAUGUGACGGAGGUGAAAAGCCCAGUUCUCUCAGGCCCAAAGGCUAAUGUUAUUAGUGAAUUGAACUCAAUACUCCAGCAAAUGAACAGAGAGAAAUCCUCAAAGCCAGGGGAAGGAUUGGAGUCACCUACUGGAACAAAAACUGCAAGUCUCAGUACAAGGAGCACGGAAGUCAUGAGUACUGUCUCAGUUACAUUUAGCACUCUUCCAAGGUGGCAGAACAAGUUCAAUACGUGCUCCAUUGACUUGACCUGUAAGAUGAUGCAGACGUUGCAUAAAAAACUGAGGAGGAACGCACACUUAGAGGUACAACAAAAUGAAGCUAGUUUGAACCUGAGACCCCCCAGUUUUCAACCAGCUAAACUACUGCUAAGUUGCAAUAUGAACUCUACGAGACAGUAAAAAUUUGGGGUUAUGUACAGACACGUCUUUUGGACUUCACAGUCAGAUACUUGAAUACGCUGAACCCUGGGAGAUGCUGUUUAAUUCAGUGAGUGGUAAGUGCUUAGCUAUUUUGAACAUCGGGCCAAGAAAGAAGAAAAAGAUAGAUGAAUGUUCCCAUUGAAGUCAGUGGGAAGAUUGCCAGUAUUUUAAGUGAGAGAGGGACUUCAGCCUGUUAGCAGAAAUGGGAAUGUUUCAGCUUCUAAAAAAAAAAUAAAUAAAAAAAUGAAAAAGGUAAAAAGGUAAUGCCAAGAUGGAAAGAGGUGUAUAGCGUCUCGGAAUGCAUGUGUUCCAAGGGCCAGGGGAGGUGGGGAGGUAUCCAGUUUCUCAUUUUUAUCGCUGUUAACAGGUUUUGGCUUCUUGACAAGGGCAGCAGACUGAGCACUUCAGGGGGAGCUGGAUGCUGCCCAUCAGCCACCAGUGAUUUCUUUGCACGGCUGUUAUUGAGGUCUCAGGAGAGGUGUGUGCACCCUGCUAGAAAGCGGGUGGCUGUGGCCAAGCAUGGGCUGGGUGCUGGGGUAACAGAGCUCGAGAGCUUUCCAGGAGACUUCAGUCAGCAGGGGAGAAACACACAGAUUUGGUUAAUCUGACUUUUUUUUCUUCCUUUUUUUUUUAAAGUUAACAAGUCUCUCUCUGCAUGUUUGAACUCCCCUUGUAAUUAACACCUCUUAAUAUCUGUGAGUUUUGUAGCUCUUUAUUGACAUAAUAUUCAAGAUGUUCAAGGUGGGUAAAUUGUGUGUGGAUGGCUAGACUGCCUACCUACCAUACUUUCAGGUUCUCUUACAUUUUGCAAGGUACCUGAACUUUCUUUCCUUGAUAUGGUCCUUGAUAUGGUCCAGCCUAUCUCUAAUUUUUUUAUUGUGAUUAUUUUUGCUCACAAACAAGUGUCUAAUUAGGUCUGCAACAGCCCUAGUAUGAGUACAUAAAGUUUAGCAUUUUAAAUAUCUUUCUUUACUGCAAGUUUAAAUAGUUGUACAGAUAGUUUAUAAGCACAAUAUUUUAAGAAAAUAAGUGGCUGGUCUACUGGGCAGCCUUUGUGCCACUUCAGUGCUAGAAAGUUAAAAACAUUAAAAAAAAAAAAACAAACAAAAAAACUUUUGUGGUUUACUACUAUUUCUGUGGAAUAAUUAUAAAGUCUUGACCUUUUUAAAAUCAACCUCAUUUGGAUGCAUCUGAACCAGCAGAGCUGUGUUAUAUUUUCUAUCUUUGCUAGAACUUCUACAAAGGAGGAUGAAUAUUUCUUCAAAAGUGGUUAUAGUUACCAACGCAUUGGAUACUCGUAAAAAGCAACUUAUUUAGCCUCCUGCCCCCUUUACGGAACAACAAAUCUUUUGACUUAACAUCUGUUACUACACUAUAUUUGUAUUUGAAAGUUCCAAGUAAUCUUGUAAUAAAUUUCAAGUACUAAGGCAUUUUACUUUCAGGAGUACUGAAUUUUUCCAUAGGUGGUGUAGAAAAUGGCAGUUUCAUUCAGAUAGUCAAUACAGGCAACUUGAGGCCAUCAAAUACUUUCAGAAGUAUAAAAAUGGUAAUUUAGCCAUCAUUGUCUUCCAUUUGGUGAUAUGACAGAAUUCAGUAAAUAAACCACUAAUGCCAUGCUCUUUUUUUGUUUCUUUGGGUACAGUUGAUAUUACCUCUAUAAACAUGUGCCAGAAAAUAACAUUAGAAAAUACAGUAGUAAAAGAAAACGUAGAAGUUGACUUUUAAGCUGCUUUUUAAUCACAACCUUCUUGUUGAAUUUACGUUGAACGAGUGCUGACAUACACGGUAAAUUACAGUAAUCCCUUUCUUACACAGGUGUGUUUCUUGCUCAUGUAUCUUUUCAGGUACUGAAAGACUAGGUACAAUACAAUUAGUAGAAAAGAGGUUUAACACAUUAAAGAGCUAAUGAAAUAGUUUAUUUUUUACAUUGUGUCUUACAAAGUAAAGGUAAGGAGACCUGAGAGGACCUACUUUCACCAAUAAAAUACACCUCUGCCAAGAUGAAUUGGUCUCUAGCUCUGUGUGAUGAUUUUGCUACAGAAAGCAAUAGUAACAGAUACGACGUUGCCUCCGAGUAUUUUCAUCAGUCUGGAAAUGUUGGGGGGAGGAGAGAAGACCCAUUUAUUUCAUGCUACUAUGAUAGUGAAAAAAAGUUGUUAGAGAUCUAUGAAAUAUGUUAUGAUAUUCUGGGUUUUAGGAUCAACUUUUGUUUAUAUACUGUAAUUUAAAUAAAUUGCAUUUACAUGCCUAGUUUCUGUAAUAUUUGUGUAUACAAUACCAAAAUCUUACAAGAUGUAAAUUGUGUAUAACUGCACAGACUCCUUUCCCUAGGUGUCUGAGAACAUUUUCAGUUUAAUUCAUAUAUUAUAAAAUGACUAGAUGUGACUGUUGAUUUACAGAAUUUACAUAUCACAAAAGUUAAUUAUUUGUGGUACUUAAGUUAAUAAAAAUAGUGAUUAUUUUUUUUUCUCAGUUCUUAAAAAGCAUUACCCAGUUGAUCUGGCGAUGAUUAUGUGUAUGAGCCACAAAUAUUGACAAUUUUUCCAUUACAUUUUUUCUUUUCUUUUCUAGAUAUUAAUAUGUUUCUCGCUAUAGUUUGUGUAACAACUUGUGUUCACGUUAUCUGUUGCUGUAAUUUUUGUGCUUUAAUUCCUCUUAUUUCAACUGAUUAAAAAAAUCAAGCUCCUGUAACUUGCACUUUUCCCCAAUCCUUAAUACUCUUGUAUGGCAACCAAAAUUACUGUAAGAAAUAAAUAUAAUAUUGCACUAA